UGUUUAUAAAUUGAUUAGUUUAAAUGAUUAACAAAUGAGUGGGAUUUUUGCUUCUCCCAAAGCGUAAUUUCUCUGAAAAUUGUGUCGUGUUGAGAGUAGUUGAGAUUCUUGCUGUUCUCCAAACAAAAGAUUGAUUUUAUAAGAAUUAAAGGGGUAAAAAAAGAAAGAUGGAUCAAAAACGAGAUCCCCUUUUUCGAAAUCCGAAUAACUAUUUUCAAUCUGUCUCUUUCUCAUGAUUUAGGAUUCCAAUUCCUUCCUUUUUCCUCGCUCUCUUUUGCUCUCCAUAUUCUCUUUAGAAAGAGAUUGGUUUUGGUUUCUUCUGUGAGUGAUUUUUUCUUCACAGUGUUGUCUACAAUGGCAUCAGAGAAAUCUAGCUCCAAGGGCCAAGCAUGGUUUUGUACGACUGGAUUACCUAGCGACAUUGAAAUCGAAGUUGAUGAUAUGACAUUUCAUCUCCAUAAGUUUCCUCUGAUGUCAAAGAGCAGGAAACUUCACAGGUUGAUUACAGAGCAAGAGACGAGAUCAUUUUCUACUGUAGAGGAGAGCGAUAGGAAGGGGAAAGGCCAUGAGAUCGAGGAGGACGACGAAGAAGAAGAAGAAGAAGACAAGCAUGAGGAGGUUGAAGAAAAUGGUUAUCCUCGCAUAAAACUUGAGGAUUUUCCCGGGAGUUGUGAGAGCUUCGAGAUGGUGGCAAAGUUCUGCUACUGCGUCAAGAUCGACCUCUCAGCUUCCACUGCAGUUCCUCUUCGAUGCGCGGCGGAGCAUCUCGAAAUGACGGAAGAGUAUUCACCGGAUAACCUAAUUUUAAAGACGGAGAGGUUUCUCUCGCAUUUCGUCUACAAGAGCUUGAGAGAAUCCAUCAAGGCUCUGAAAGCUUGCGAGUCAGUCUCGCCUUUACCCGAAUCGCUUGGUAUAACGGAUCAGUGCAUCGAAUCUAUCGUCUCAAGAGCUUCCUCAGCCGAUCCUUCACUGUUCGGUUGGCCGGUAAACGACGGCGGCGGCGGCGGCGCCACUGAUCUGCCGCGAAGAAAGAAACCGGGUAGGGAUUAUUCGAAUACGGAGCUCUGGUUCGAAGAUCUGGCGCAGCUAAGCCUUCCGAUCUUCAGAACUGUGAUCCUGUCAAUGAGAUCGGGAGAUCUGAGCCCAGAUGUCAUAGAGAGCUGUUUGAUUUGUUACGCUAAGAUGCACAUUCCCGGAAUAUUGCGAUCUAACCGGAAACCGCCAUCGUCAUCGUCAACUGCAGCUUCGGAGAGUGAACAGAGAGAAUUACUGGAGACGAUAACUUCUAAUCUUCCAUUAGAAAAGAGCUCCAUCUCCGCAACCACGAGAUUCCUCUUCGGCUUAUUGCGAACGGCCAUCAUCCUCAACGCGUCCGAGACUUGCCGCGAUCUGUUGGAGAGAAAGAUUGGGUCGCAGCUAGAGCGAGCCACGCUCGACGAUUUGCUCGUCCCUAGCUACUCAUACCUCAACGAGACCUUAUACGAUGUCGAUCUGGUGGAGAGAAUCCUCAGCCACUUUCUCGACUCCUUGGAACAAUCCGACACCGCCCUUGUCGAAGCUGACGGACGAUCUCCGUCCCUGAUGCUAGUCGGGAAGUUGAUCGACGGAUUCCUCGCGGAAAUCGCAUCGGACGCAAAUCUCAAAUCGGAUAAAUUCUACAAUCUAGCCAUCUCACUCCCCGAUCAAGCUCGACUCUACGAUGACGGACUUUACAGAGCAGUCGACGUAUAUCUCAAGGCGCAUCCAUGGAUAUCGGAAGCAGAGAGGGAGAAGAUAUGCGGCGUGAUGGAUUGUCAGAAACUUACGCUCGAAGCUUGCACACACGCCGCACAGAACGAGCGACUUCCACUACGAGCCGUCGUGCAAGUCCUCUUCUUCGAGCAGUUACAGCUUCGGCAUGCGAUCGCCGGUACGUUACUAGCGGCUCAAUCGCCGUCUCCGUCUCCGGGACCGUCAGCAACAACGGCAAGAAUGAAUCUAACGAUAACGGAAACAGCAACGGGAGAGGACGGCGAUGAAACGAGGGGACAAGGACAGGUGGACGCUGGGAAAUGGAAGAAGACAGUGAGAGAGAAUCAGGUGCUUCGCUUGGACAUGGAUACGAUGAGGACGCGCGUUCACCGUUUAGAGAGAGAGUGCUCCAACAUGAAAAAAGUGAUCGCCAAGAUCGAUAAAGAAGGUUCACCGGCGGCAACGACGACGACCGAUCGGCCGAGGAGUUGGUCAAUAACGAAAAAAUUCGGAUGCAAAUUCAAGACGCAGGUCUGCGAUUCGCACGAGGCAACCAUGGUUGAUCAUAGAUCGCGACGGGCUUGAAUGGUUUUCGGUUGAUCUCUUAGUACAGAAUCAAGAAACAUCUGUCUAUUAUUAUGAUUCUUGGAUUUUUAGUAAUCCUUCAAAAUUUGUUGCCAUGUUUGUACUUGUACACAAGUGUGAAACGUUUUGACUUUUGAGUUUUCCUUUUGUUGUAAAACCGAAUAAAACGUAUUCGGGUUAGUGUAUAUCCACAACUGACGUAAGGCCCUA